UCCCGUCGUGCACCUCGCAGGGCGGACAGCGCUUCCUUGUCAAGAUGGCGGCUCCCUUGACUCUGCUGUUGAUUGUGGCCGUUACGAUCCGUGCCGCUUUGUUCCGGUCCAGUUUGGCGGAGCUGAUUGCAGAGAGGGUGGAGGUGGUGUCGCCGAUAACCGCCUGGAAGAGAGUUGUUGAAGGUUUGGCUCUGCUUGAUUUGGGAGUUUCACCAUAUUCUGGAGAUGUUUUCCACGAGACUCCUCUCAUCAUCUACAUGUUUCACUUUUUGGUGGACUACGCAGAGAUCACAUUUAUGCUGGCCGACGUGAUCACCGCUGUGGCUCUUUACAUGGCAGUGAAGGAGUACAACAAACAAGUGUUCAGAAAGCAGAAGUUUGCUUUGGAGGCCGACCGAUACCCCAUGGACUCUCUGGAGCUCAUCAGAAGCCCCAAAGAAAUGUACUACGUCCCUCUGAAAGUAGCCAUGUUUCUCUCGGUUCCUGACCUCACUCCGAACAUCGGCCUCUUCUGGUAUUUCUUUGCCGAGAUGUUUGAACAUUUCCGCCUCUUCUUCCUCUGCGUCUUCCAGAUUAAUGUUUUCUUCUACACCAUCCCUCUGUCCAUCAAACUAAAGGAGCAUCCCGUCUUCCUGAUCUUCAUGCAGUUAGCUGUGAUCUCCAUCUUUAAGUCGUACCCCACUGUGGGAGACGUUGCACUCUACCUGGCCUUCCUUCCUGUCUGGAGUCACCUGCACAGAUUCCUGAGGAACAUCUUCCUGGUGUCCUGUGUCUUGCUGGCCUGUUCGGCUCUGUUCCCGGUUCUCUGGCACCUCUGGAUCUACGCCGGCAGCGCCAACUCCAACUUCUACUACGCCAUAACUCUGCUCUUCAACGUGGCGCAGAUCCUGCUGGUGUCAGAUUAUUUCUACGCCUUCUUGAGGAGAGAGCACCACCUCACCAACGGGCUGUACCUGAAGAGGAAGGACGGCUCUGAGGCGACGCUGAUUCUCAAAUAAAACGCCCCCGUGUUUGCUCUGAAGGGAGGAAUAAACUCGUCUUCUUUUUAUCCUCAGAGGGAACAAACAAAAACUGAAGGAGGGUAAAAGACUUUCAGACCUCCUGUGGUCCUCAAACAGAACAAAACGGCACACGCAGAACGUGCGCACGGUACAGCGUCACAUGCAAACAAUAGCACUGCAACAUACAACAUGACAGACGUGUGGGAUGUCGACACACGGCUUACUCUGAAGCCUCACCUCCACCUGUAACCUCCACCUGUGGUUACUUCCUGUAAGCCACUCUGGGAAAGUUUAUUUUUUGAUGCUUUGUUGUUCUUGCAGCUCCAGGUUUUAUUUUAAAGCACCAGCUGUCGUGCUGAAGGAAAAACCUCUUUUAUUUGAUCAUUCUCGCCCACAUGCACGCGUUUGUGUUUUCCUAAUUGCCUUUUUGUUAAAAGUGGCAUCUGUCGUGGUCAGAGGAGAAAGAAAAAGCUGUUUUUAAGAGCUUAGAAACCUUUAGUUUCUCACCAGUUUAACAGUGUUUGCCUUUUACAGUCUGCUCUUCAGUUCUCGUUUACCUAAAGUCGUCUAAAGUAAAAACCAGUUCAACCUCAUUGUGUUGCAGAACACUACCUGAGAUUUUGAUCAGAAACUGGAAAGUUUUUCUGCGUUUGUCAAACAUCAGAUAAUAACAACUACCGAGCAGGAAACGAAGACUGCAGUGAAUGUGUUGACAACUGAGUCGCUCGAGUUUGGCAUGUUUGGAGAGCAGAAACAGAUAAUCAUCAUUAAGCUUCGGUGGAGGGUUGGAGACUGGUCCCAGGAAGAACACACAUAACAAUGGAUCCAAAUAUUUAUGAUGGUUUUGGUUGUAGAUUUAAAUAUCACAGAGGAGUGGAGUCUGAAAUGUAAAGGGCUCUUCUUCUUCUUCUUCUUCUUCUUCUUCUUCUCCUUCUCCUUCUCCUUCUCCUUCUCCUUCUUCUUCUGGACCAAGUUAAAGCUGCAGUGAGCUCGUGUUUUCCACUUUCAUAUUUAACCCCACAUAAUUCACCAAAUGAAUCCCUGCUUUACUCGUAUUUCUGCAUGUCAUCAAGGUUAUUUACUUAGAUCAAAUUUGUAAUUAACAUUAAAAAAUGAACUCUGAUGUCUGUUUGGUGAAUAUUAAGGUACCAACAGGCAAAAAAGUGUCAAAUGGUUAAUUAGUUAUAUUUAAAAAGUAAAUUAAAACCAGCUGUUUUGUUUUCCAUCUUUAUGUCCUUUAUAUUUACCAUAUUGACGUGUGAGUGGAAUCAAUCUGAACAUCUUCGCAGAUGAAAGGACGACUACAUGCAUGUUUUGCAUGUUUAUAAGACAGUGUCUCAAAUCCGCUCUACACACUCGUUCUGUAACAGCAUUUGUUACAUACAUACUAUUAAAAUCCCACAAAAACAGAAUUACUAUUUUAUACUUACAGGAAAUUACACAGCAAGUCAGAUCCAAUAUAUUUGUUUUGCAGCACAUAUCAUAGAAGUGCCAAAACCUGCAGUUCCUCUAAUGUCCACUAGAGUCUGGCUGUAAUGAGUCAGUCCCCAUAGGCUCCCAUGUUAAAAUGUCCAGCUUUACAGCACAAAUAAAAAUGCUUACAGACAAGUGCAUCCAUGGUUUUGGCUAACUAGUUUCCUCCUUCAUAAGGUGUUUGUAUUUUUAAUGACUCGUCUGUUUAAUUUUUAUUUGGCUUAAAGUUUGAUGCUGUUGCUGCUUUCACUCUCAGGCGGGUAGAGUUACAGGCGUCACCUCGGCUAACUGAGUCUGAACCGGACCUUUCGACUGUGUUUGUGCUGUUGGUGCCUUGUGGAGCAAGGAGCAAGUGUGCUUCAGCGUUGGUGAAUGAAAUACUAAUAUCUGCCUGUACUAAGCACUAAUUAGCAGGUACGAGUGUCUGAGAAACUGCACUCGGUUUAUGAAUGAAGUUGUUUUUUUUUGUUCAAAGGUUUUCGUCAAACUGCAGCCAGAUUCGACCACAGCGACACUUUGAACACUGAUUCAGUCACUUUGCUGGUGUGACUUCACUACAAACUCAGACUCAGCUCAGAAACCGUGUAUGAUGGAAUCGGGACAUGAAAUCAAAGUUUUGUUUUCUGUUCGUUGAUGAUUUCUCGUUGUAACAUGAAAUAAUUUUAUCGGCACCUGUGAACAACCAUGUUUGCUUUCAGUAGAUGUUGGGAAACAUGCAGUUACAUUAAAAAUGAAAAACACAUCCUGUGUUUGUGUCUGCAAACUGCACCCACUCACUGCCCAGUAACAUGACAACAGUCUGUUUUGGGCAAAUAGCAACUGUUUUAAUGCAAUGAUUCAUUUUUGGUGUAUUUAUUUGCUGCACUGAAACAUUUGCUCAGAUUUUGUUUCGUGAAAAAGGAGCUCUGUGUUGUUUUGAUACUGCGCGUAUGUACGAGUUUGAUUAAAGUUCAGGGUUUACAAGGGCCGACGUUACGUUUGAACCGUGAUUGUCAUAAAUGUUGAUUAAUAAACUCCGGGUGCUGGUUUA